CACUUACACACAGUUUUAUUUGCUUUACAAUUUCUCUCCUUUUAUUUGAAUUUGAUAAGCGAGCGGAAUCGUCAACUAAAGACGACGUAUUCCCACCCAUUUGGACUAAUUGGAUUCAAAGAUCUAUUGAAAUGGCAUUUGUCGGUCGCAUGAACAGCCGUUGCAAGGUGGUUGAUUGUGAGAUGUAUAGCGGAGGUCGAUCCAAGUUGCAGAUGCAACCUUUUACCACAGAGGAUGAGGGAGAGAUGGAGAUACCGCAAUCAAGAUGCUCGCGAACAUAUAUUAAGACCUACGGCAUGGAGCGAUCCGAAUUGGUCUCUAUACCGAGCACAGUGCGCUUUGUGGGUGGCUCCGCAUCGUCCUGCGAGGUCAACUCGAUGGCCGACACGGAGAUGUCCACACUGCGCUGUAACUCGCCCAGAUCCCUUGAAUCUCUGACGGUGUGUCAGUCGCCUACGGAGAACACUAGUGAGAAUAGUUCCAUGUCCGAGAGUAACGCAUAUUCAGAUCCAAAUACAGAUGAGCAACCUCUGGAGAGGAUGAUAUUUGUACAAGGCGAAGUAGAGAAACGUCCACUGGAAAGAGGCUCCACGACUUCCAUGUGCAGCUGGGAGCCAGAGGAGGCAAUGUCCGUAUAUGAAGAAUCGCCCCUAACUGAAUUUGAAUCUCAGGGCCGUGAUGUGCCCUUCCUCGAACUGGGCUCCGGUACGGCGUCUCUGAAUGACGAUCAGCAGGAGCAAUUGGGACAAAUGAAAAUGUUGCGUCAAUCCAACGAGGCCUAUGACAAUUGGCUAUCCGGCAAGAAGAGACAAUACCAAUACAAGCAACAGGCAGCGCGAGAGCAAAAAAAGCAACUGCGAGAAAAAGAGGAAUAUCGUCGACGGCUAAAUGAGCAGCGUGUUCAGGAAUGGUGCAAAAGAAAGGCCCAGCAGAGUAUCAAUUCAGUCAAGCGUAGAAUCAAUAACAAUAAUAAAUCACAAUCUCAAUUUGAUGAAGAAGCUCAGUUGCGUCUGCAGGCGUGGGAGAUGCGAAAAAUCCAAGAGGCAGAGCAUCGUCGUCAGAUCCAGCAAUGCCAGGCGUACCGAAAACAACAGGAGCAGCAGCAGCGUAAGGAACAGGCGGCGAUCGCGUGGAAUCAUUGGAUAAAGAGUGCACCACAACGUCCCAAACCGGUGCCACUUAAUCAGGGUUUUAAAACGUUGCGCGGCACUAUCUCCGAUAUCUAUAUUAAUCCAAACCAAUGGGUGCACUAAACUUUUGAGCUAAAUAAACAGUAAGCAAUAAACAGACUAAAAAUAUGCAACUA